UCAUCUCACAAACUCGUUAACCACUUCAUAUUAGGGCUAUUCACAUCUUUAUUUAUCUUCCUAAUUACAUCACCAUCUUUUGGAAAUCAUUCCUCCACCGAUGGACUUUUUCCGUUUGCACCUAAACAUGUCGUAAUUAUUAACCAAGUGAACCCAGAAGAAACGUUGAUCGUGCAUUGCACAAACAAAAAGAUAGAUUUGGGAGUAAAAGAUCUCCCAUAUGGAGCUAGCUUUGACUUCAGGUUUCAUGUCAAUCUCCGUAAAACAACGACGUACACUUGCAGUUUCGAGUGGCCCAGAAACAAGCAAACAUUUGAUAUUUUCAGGGCAGACAGAGACGACAAUAUACACAGUGAACCUGGAGUUUGCAGAGAAUGUAUUUGGCACAUUUUUUAUUCAAAUCCUUGUCGCGUUAACCGCGAUGGAGGCUAUCCUAUAUGCUUUGAUUGGGAUGCUUAUUCGCUUGAAAAUAUUUAAUGCAUCCCUUUCUCGUUUCAUUUUGAUUUAUAAAACAGUAGCAACAAACUAAGCAGAUUAAGUGGCUAUUACUAAAGUUCAGUAAAAAAAGUGGCUAUUACUGUUUUUUUUUUUGCUGUAACAAAGUGGCUAUUACUGUUAUUAACAAUUUGCUACAACUA